AUGAGAAGCCUGCUGACAUUCAUCGCCUGCGCGACGCUGAUCCCCUGCAGUUGGUCGCACGCUGCGUUGAUCACCCAUUUGCCUGUCGGCGAUACGACUCCCAUUUCCGACGUCCUCGUCGGCGAUCUCUUCCUCGACGCGGCUACGACGGGAGGCGGAGACACCAACAAUGCUACCGGCGUGCAGAGCACAAUCCGAACGCUUGACCUCAAUGGGACGGCCGGCGCUCCAGGCGUCGCGGGUUCGGUCUCGGUCCAGGGAUUUGCGUUCGCGACAGGCAACAACCUCACAGCGCCUGCCGCUGCCGAGCUGACCUUUACGUUUACCUAUCUCGGUCUCGAUGGCGCCGUCGGCGGAAUGGAUGACGUGGUGAUUGGCACGACGGAGCCGGUUGUCUUUAACGACGGACUAGGCAACGCGCANNACGUCAAUUUCGAGACCGUUCCGACCGCAAUGAUCGACGGUCUCAAUGAAAACUUUCUGGUCUCAAUCCUUCCUGCCAACGGCAGCAUUCGCUUCAAGACGACUGGGAGCGGCGCUCAGCCUCUAUUGAACGCCAAGUUCAGUGUCUCUGGAACCUUCGCCGCAGUGCCCGAGCCCUCAGGGAUGCUCAUUUUAGGCGUCCUCGGCUCGAUCACGGCGUUCACGAACCUGGGCCGGGCGGCCGGCAUGUUUUCGGCUGCACUGCUCACCGCCGCGACCGCCAGUGCUCUGGACCUUGUCAAAGGUUUUGAACGGGGCAUGAAUCUGCCCGAGCAGCUUGGCGGCGACUUCAUCCUUGACGAAGCCGCUACGGGAGGAGGCGAUUUUGCCGACCAAACGGCCCCGGGUUUCGCGACGUGGGUCGCCCAGUACAACAACAUCUGGACCGCGGGCGAUGCGGUUUCCAUCUCGGGCCUCGCGAUUCCGAUCGUGGCCAACGAUGCGGCGGGUACGAACAACUCGCAGCCAGGCGAUUGGACGUUCACGUUCUUCGAGCUCUCGGGCGGCGCCAACCCGAACCUCUUUGACGGCUACAGCUUCAGUACGAUGACCGGAGAGCCGAUUCUCGGCACGGUGACCGCUAC